UCCAGAAGAAGAAUCUGAUGUGACGGCCAGCUCUCACCGACCAAUCACAGGGCCGAGGCGAAGAUGGCGGAAUCAGAGAUCAGCGUCAGGAGCUGUCGAGAGUUAUGGACAAUUUUGCUGGGGAGAUCUGCGUUGAGAGAGCCGGCUCAGAUCGAGGGAGAACUUGACAGACACUGGGACAGACUGCAUCAAGGACUUGGUUACUACAAGCCACCCAGCCCAUCCUCUGCUGGGAAAGUGAAGGAGAAGAAAGAUGUGGCGCAACCUUUGAAGGACUUUGGCUUUAGGAUCAGUAAAUUAUUGAAUCUGGACGAGCAGCAGAGUGUGCAGCUUUUACAAUGCUAUCUCCAAGAGGACUACAGAGGAACCCGAGAUUCCUUAAAAGUUGUUCUAAAGGAUGAGCGGCAAAGCCAGGGACUCCUUCUAAAGAUAGCUGAUUACUAUUACGAGGAGCGGAUGUGUCUGCUUAGAUGUGUUCUGCUGCUGCUCACGUACUUUCAGGAUGAACGUCAUCCCUAUCGGACCGAGUACAGUAACUGUGUCAAUAAACUGGAGAAAGACCUGGUGAGCAGCUAUCAGUCACAGUUUGAGAAUCUCUUCAAGGCCGAAGCGCCGACAUGGGAAACCCACGGCAACCUCAUGACCGAGCGGCAGGUCUCCCGGUGGUUCAUACAGUGUUUGAGAGAGCAGUCUCUGCUGCUGGAGAUCAUCUUCCUGUACUACGCCUACUUUGAGAUGAGCCCGUCUGACCUUCUGAACUUCACCAAAAUGUUCAAAGAACAAGGCUUCGGCUUACGGCAGACCAACAGACACCUGGUCGACAAGAGCAUGGAUGCACUGGUUGACAGAAUUGGAUACCUGAGCUCUCUCAUCCUGGUAGAGGGAAUGGACAUGGACUUUCUGCACAAGUGCGCUCUGGAGGAUUGCACAGAGCAGCACCAGUUUUCCGGGGCUCCUGACGUCAUUAAGGAGAUGGAUCAACUGCUGUUGACUUUUGGGGACAUCCCUCAUCACGGCCCAGUUCUGCUGGCCUGGGUCCUGUUGAGGCACACCCUCAGACCUGACGAGUCCAACCCUGUGAUCCGGAGGAUAGGCAACACGGCGCUGCAGCUGGGCGUCUUCCAGUACCUUUCAUUGAUGCUGAAGGGGCUUGGAGUCUCAGGAAAUAAUUGUACAGCAAGCACAGCCAAGAUGUGUAUUUACGGCCUGCUGUCAUUCGUGAUCACGUCUUUUGAAGAAGAGAGCUUACAGGCCAACGGUGUGGAGGGCUCUCACCUGAUCGAUGCCGCCUGCGAGGUUCUCUCCGCUCCCAGUUUAGCUGAAGUCUUUUGGGAAAUGAAGCCAAACAGGGGACUAGGGAUGAUCCUGGACAGUGCAGCUGGGAUGUUCCCUCACAAGAUCGGACCUCUGCUGCAGCUGCUGACCGCGCUCGUGUCGAACAAGUCGACUGUAAAGAAGGUGUAUAACUUCUUGGACAAGAUGUCCUUCUACACACAAGUUUACAAGCACAAACCCAUUGAUAUUAUUUCUAAGGACGAUGAGACAUUGUGGAGGAGACAGACGCCAAAACUCCUCUAUCCUCUGGGUUCAGGACAGGCUAACCUGUGGAUGCCCCAGGGAGCACUGGGCCAGGUGGUGAUUGCAGGGGAACAGGGCUACAUGGUAAGGUGGGACUACUCUUACAGUGCCUGGACUCUGUUCACCUGCGAGGUGGAGAUGCUGCUGCACGUCGUCUCCACUGCAGACGUCCUGGCUCAAUGUGCGCGCGUGAAGCCCAUCCUGGAUCUGGUCCAUAAAAUCAUCAGCACCGACUGGACCGUGUCCGACUGCUUGUUGCCUCUCACCUCACGCAUCUACAUGUUGCUGCAGAGGUUGACUUCAGUGAUCAACCCACCGGUGGAUGUGAUCGCCUCCUGUGUGAACUGUCUCUCUGUGCUGGCUGCCAGGAUGCCGGGGAAGGUGUGGUCCAGUCUGCAUCACACUGGCUUCCUCCCCUUUGCCUCCAACCCUCUGACCAACAUGGCCCAGUGUAUCAGUGCUGAGGGGAUGAAGGCAGGUAACUACGGCAACCUGCUGGUGCAGAUUGAGCAACCCAGAGGAGAGUACGCUGUAACGGUCGCCUUCCUUCGUCUCAUUACAACCUUGGUGAAGGGGCAGCUUGGAAACACCCAGAGCAAAGGCCUGAUUCCCUGCGUGCUGCUGGUGUUAAAGGAGAUGCUGCCGACGUACCAUAAGUGGCGCUACACCACCAAUGGAGUCAGAGAGAGAAUAGGUUGCUAUAUUUUGGAGUUGAUACACGCCAUUCUCAACCUGAGCCCAGAAGGAGAGGACCAGGGCAGCACUCCCACCCUGCAAUCCCUUUGCAUCUACAGCCUGGCCAACACAGAGGCUGGCCAGGCCGUCGUCAACAUCAUGGCCGUCGGAGUGGACACCAUAGACGUCGUCCUGGCUGCUCAGCCCAGCAGCUGUGGCUCUGAGGGUCCAGGUCAGAUCCUGAUCCAGACGGUCAAACUGGCUUUCUCCGUCGCAAACAACGUGAUCCGCCUGAAGCCGCCGUCCGACGGCGUGUCCCCGCUGGAGCAGGCGCUGACGCAGCACGGCGGUCACGGCAGCAACCUCGUCGUCGUCCUCGCCAAAUACAUCUACCACAAACACGAUCCAGCUCUGCCCCGCCUCGCCAUCCAGCUGCUGAAAAGGCUCGCCACGGUGGCCCCCAUGUCGGUGUACGCCUGCCUCGGCAACGACGCGGCCGCCAUCAGGGACGCCUUCCUCGCUCGGCUGCAGAGCAAAACGGAGGACAUGAGGAUCAAGGUGAUGAUCCUGGAGUUCCUCACGGUGGCCGUGGAAACCCAGCCCGGCCUCAUCGAACUCUUCCUCAACUUGGAGGUCAAAGAUGGAAACGAGGGGUCAAAGGAGUUUCUGGUGGGCGAGUGCAGCUGCCUCCACGUGGUGCUGGAGCUGAUCGACUCCAAGCAGCAGGGGAAGUACUGGUGUCCUCCGCUGCUCCACCGCGCAGCGCUGGCUUUCCUCCUGGCGCUGUGGCAGGACCGCAGAGACAGCGCCAUCUCCGUCCUCCGCACAAAGGAAAGAUUUUGGGAAAAUUUGACGACGCCUCUUUUUGGAACUCUCACCCCGCCGUCGGACGCCACGGAGCCAUGCGUCCUGGAGGCCUGCGCAUUCGUCAUGAAGAUCAUCGGUCUGGAGAUUUACUACGUCGUCAGUGGUUCUUUGGAGCAGUCUCUGAAGGAUGGGCUUCAAAAGUUCUCCAACGCGCGGCGCUAUGACUACUGGUCCCAGUAUGUGAUGUCGUUGGUGUGUCACGUGGCAGAGUCGGAGGAGGAGGGCAUCUGCUGCUUCCCGGAGACACAGAUGCUGAUUUCUGCGUGGCGGAUGCUGCUGAUUCUUUCCACCACCCAUGCGGACGUGAUGCAUCUGACAGAGGAUUCAACCAAACUGAAGCUGUUUAUGGAUGUUCUAGAUGGGACUAAAGCUGCUCUCACCACACCCACAUCUCUGCCUUGUCUUCGUCUGGGAUCCAUGAUGGCUACGCUCCUGCUUAUCCUCCUGAAACAGUGGAGGAGUGUGGUGGCAGCGGCUCCUGACAUCCUCUCGCCCCUCACCCUGAUCCUGGAGAGCGUCCUGCAGGCCGACCAGCAGAUGAUGGACCGGACCAAAGCCAAAAUCUUCUCUGCACUCAUCUCUGUGCUUCAGAUUCAGGGUCUCAACGGCGGAGAUAUUUCCCAGCUGCCCCAGCUGUUGCUCUCCGUAUGCGAGACGGUGAAGGACGAGGCGCUGGCGCUCAUCGACAACACCCGGCACAUGAGCCAGACGGGAGACCUGCUGGAGCAGGAGGACAGCAUGGAGACGGACUGUCCCCGCGGUCUGCAGAAGGACCAGAGAGACGGGGUGUGCGUCCUCGCCUUGCACUUGGCCAAAGAGCUGUGUCGCAGCGAUGAGGACGGCGAGCACUGGGUGCUGGUGAUGAGGAGGGUCCCGGUCCUGCCGUCGGUGCUGAGCGCCGUGGAGAUCAGCCUGCGCUGCAAACACAACCUGUUCUUCACCGAGGCCGCGCUCCACCUGCUGCUGACGCUGGCCCGCACUCCCCAGGGGGCAGCAGCUGUUGCUGGAGCAGGCGUCAUUCAAACCAUCUGCCUGCCCCUGCUGAGCGUGUAUGAGGUUUCCUCAAACGGCACAUCGCAGAGUUUCUCUCGGAAGUCGCAGGACUCCGCCUGCUGGCCGGGCGUUUACCGCCUCUGCAUGUCUCUGAUGGAGAGCCUCCUCAAGACGCUUCGCUACAACUUCAUCAACGAAGCCCUGGACUUCGUCGGAGUGCAUCAGGAACGCAUAUUGCAGUGUCUGAACGCGGUGCGCACCGUGCAGAGCCUGUCCUGUUUAGACGAGGCAGAUCACACCGUGGGAUUUCUGCUGCAGCUCUCCAGCUUCUGCAAGGAGUGGCAGUUCCACCUCCCCAGUCUGCUCAGAGACGUGCAGAUAAACCUUUGUUACUUGUGCCAGACGUGCACCUACCUGCUCCACAGCAAAAAGAUGCUCCACCAUUACCUGCAGUCUAAGAAUGGUGAGGCGUUGCCCGCCGGCACCCGGACACAGCGACCGCCACAGGCUUUGAAUAAAGAUGCAGCAACAGCAGCAGCAUCAUCAUCAUCAUCAGGAGGAGGAGGAGAGAGAGAGGAGGCCGAGCAGAAGGCCCUGUUGGCCGUUCAGUGCAGCCUGCUGAAGAUCCUCAGUAAAACUCUGGCUACCCUGCAACACUUCACUCCAGACUGCUGCCAGAUUCUGCUGGACCAGUGUAUGGACCUGGCUGAGUACAGGACCUUGUUUGUGCUCAGCUUCACGAAUCCCGCGUUCGACCCGGACGUGGCGCCGUCAUUUGGGACCCUGCUGGCCACCAUCAACGUGGCCCUGGGCAUGCUGAGCGAGAUGGAGAAGAGGAAGGAGCCGGCCUCUCUGAGCAUCGCCUCGCUGGCCUCACUGGAGGAAAUCCAGGCUCUUAAGUCGUUGUUGAUGUUCACCAUGGAGAACUGCUUCUACGUCCUGAUCUCUCAGGCUUUCCGCUGUCUCAAAGAUCCAGCCAUCCUUCCUCGUGACAAACAGAGGCUCAAACAGGAGCUCAGCUCUGAACUGAGCACUCUUCUCUCCAGCCUGUCACGCCACUUCAGGAGGGGAUCACCAUCGUCCCCAGCCAGUGGCAACCUCCCCUCCCUCCAGUCCAAACCCUCCACACCCGGAUCGAAGGCGAGCCACGAAGGUCAGGAACCCAUCAUCCAACUGGUCCAGGCCUUCGUCAGACUUGUGCAAAGAUAAAACUUACGAAAAGCCACAUUUCGUACAUGUUUUCAGAAGAAACCUUUUCUAGUAUCGAGCCCUAUUUCGAAGUGAACAGUUGUGGUUCAAGGCGUAGAAACAUUUGACUUUAAUAUUAAACUUGAGGACAGCCUGAUAUCUUUCAAACUGGUUUAUAUUGACGAGGAACUGAGUCUAUAGGGAUCUUGGUGCUGUUCCUCAUCCGUCGCUGACUAUGGUCCUUCAUUCCCAGGCCUAGUUUUAUAGGUCACUAUGACUAGAAAAGUUUCAAGUGCUACUUAAAUGUAAUCUGCAUGACUUUGUUCAACUCUUUUUUUAAAAUUAGCUCUUGUUUUGGAAGUGUUGGCCAAAAUUUGUACUUUCAAACAAAAAUGUAUAUGCUAUUAAAGGGAGUUUUGUACCACA